GAUACAUAUGCCUCCUGCUUUCUUUUACUACAAUAAAUUGCUGGAAUGUCUGUCUUUUGCACUCUGUUGAAAUACAACCAAACUUGUUGUUUCUUGAAAAUGAAUUUUCUUAUUCAGUAAACACGUAGCAACUAACAUAAUUAUGAUGUAAUCAUGUUCAGGCCAGCUUACAUCAAGAUAUUGCCAAGGUGCCGUACAAAAGCCAUUGCUUUCCAAAAACAAUGUUUACACCUUUCUUCAUAUACACAUCAGAAACGUGAGGCAGGUCUCAGUGAACGUACAUUAGUUAGUACCCAAAAUGGUAUUAGACGGAUAACAUUAAAUAGCUUAAAAAAGAGAAAUGCUUUAUCAUUGAUGAUGCUGAAAGAAUUGAAAGAACGUUUGCUUGACUGUCACGAAGACAAGGAUGUCAGGGUUGUCAUCAUUGAUCAUAAUGGACCCGUGUUUUCAUCUGGUCAUGAUUUGAAAGAACUUCAAUCUAACACGGGAAGUGAAUACCACACAAAGAUAUUUCAAACAUGCACAGAAGUGAUGAAUCUUGUACAAGAUAUAGAUGUACCAGUUAUUGCUGAAGUAAAUGGUGUUGCAACAGCAGCAGGUUGUCAGUUAGUAGCUACAUGUGACUUAGCUGUUGCAUCUGAUAAAUCAAUAUUCGCUGUACCAGGAGUUUUGAUUGGUUUAUUCUGCUCCACUCCUGGUGUUGCUUUGUCGCGUGCAGUGAAUCGUAAACAAGCAUUAAAAAUGUUACUUACUGGAGAAUCCAUAUCUGCAUCAGAGGCCUUGUCCGCUGGUCUUAUUAACGAAAUGGUAACAGAGGAUAAAGUUGCUGAAACAAGUCAAAAAUUAGCUGAAAAAAUAGUCCACCACAGUCGACCUGUCAUUGCAGUUGGAAAGAAAACGUUUUAUCAACAGGUGAAACAAACAAGAGAUGAGGCGUACUGCCUUGCAGAGAACGUUAUGGUUGAAAAUUUGAAACAUGCUGAUUCACAGGAAGGAAUUGAUGCUUUUUUCACCAAACGAAAGCCAUCGUGGACGGAUGAAUGAUUGACUGGUUGGAACAUAUAAAUGCGUGUUUUUGAUUGGUGGAUUGCGGACGCCGGAAAUUUCUUUUGUACAAUAUUUAUAUAUAUCUUUUAUUAUGUAACAUUUUUUAUAAUUCUAAAAAUUAAUUAACCGCCAA